AUGAGAGGCACGACUCUAUCUCUGCUAUGGCUCGCAGGUCUCGCUGCGGGCCAGAGUAGCUCAUCUACAGCAUCGCCAUCUAUCAUCACCCUGACUGGUACACAAAGGCAGCUCACCGGCGGCGAGUUCGGCGGAUCGGUCACAGUACCAUCAGACUUCGAAGGCAGCACGUUCGCAACCUUGACCAGCGCGCCGCCUGGAAGUACCGCGUCCACCAAUGCAACCGCUUCAGCAUCUUCAAGCGAAUCCGUUAUUAACAUCGGCGGUGGAAACAGGACGAGGACACCAAUUGGAUCUGGCACCGGCUCAGCAGCGCUGCCCCAGAAUACACAAGCAUGCAACAACUAUGUCGAGUUCUGCAACCGCAAAUACUCCAACAUCACAGAAGUCGCCGCUCACAACUCACCGUUCACUACGGAGCGCAACGUAGGCCGUAACCAGGAAUACGAUGUAACUCAGCAGUUGAACGAUGGUGUCCGAAUGCUUCAGGGCCAGGCUCACUACGUCAACGGCACACUUUACUACUGCCAUACAUCUUGCGAUCUCCUCAACGCCGGCACGGUCGAGGACUACCUGAAGAAGGUGGUAGCAUGGGUAGAAGCGCACCCUUUCGAUGUCGUUACGAUCAUCUUCGGCAACUACAACUAUGAAGACAAGGAUGCGAACGGCAACCCUCUUGUGACAUCCUCCGCCUUCGACGUACCCAUCAGGUCUUCCGGGCUUUACGAAUACAUCUACCAGCCCCCAAAGACCGCCAUGGAGCUCGCCGACUGGCCCACUCUUGGACAGAUGCUACUCCAGCAGAAGCGCGUUGUGACCUUCAUCGACUACAACUUCGACACCGACGCUGUACCCUACCUGCUGUGGGAGUUUUACAACAUGUGGGAGACACCGUACUCGCCGACCGACUUCAACUUCCCCUGCACGAUCGGACGACCUGAGGGUGUCAGCGAUGAGAAGGCGAGGGAUCUGCUGUACAUGGCCAACCACAACCUGAACGUUGAGAUUGCGAUUGCUGGAUUGAGCUUGUUGGUGCCUAAUGUUGCUGCGACAAACACCACGAACGGACUUGAGGGCAACGGCAGUCUGGGACUCAUGGCCAACCAGUGCACAUCUGACUGGGGCCGCCCACCGAACUUCCUCCUCGUCGACUUCUACAAUCAAGGACCCAUUAACGGCUCCGUCUUCGAGGUCGCUGCCCGCGCGAACAACGUCACAUAUACCCGCGAGUGCUGUGGUAAGGCCACAUCUCUUGCGACCGCACUGCUGACGCCAUCUGCUACAUACUUCGGGCUCGUAGUUGCUGUCGUUGCGGCUCUGUUGAUAUAG